GGUUUGUCUUGUGGGUUCCCCUGUUUAGCGCAGGCUUCCAGUCUACCUUUCAGUCUCCGCCAUCCAUGGAAGGUUGAUAAAUGGCUUCCGUCAGCAUGCCAACUCUGGACGUGGUGUACACAGAUGGUGAUAAGGAUUCACCAUGUUUUGUUUUAAAGUUGAACAUCCUCCCUUACUCAUUUCACGUGUAAAGCACAUUCGAUGUCUUGCUUGACAUCCCGGAGACUGUUCUGCCAUUCUAUCUGGUGGCGUCGCGCGGCUUUCUCGGCAACGAGUGAUGAGCACACACAGGGGCCUGAAGAUGGGGAAGCAGCGGAUGCUUGGAAACGAGAGGGAUUUUGAACGGCCGGGAAAGAAGCUACUGUCGCCAGUGUUCUUCUGUAAACACACUCUCCUUUGCCGGCAGUGGCUCUAGCUGUCUCGCACCAGACAAUUAUGCGGGGUUGUCCGAUUUUUCCGCGGCGAGGCCCCGGGCUCAAUUCGAACCAUUUCACGAUUAUCAGAGCCCAUCUGACAUCGGGUAGAGCCAUCUUGUAUGUAAUGUUGUUUUGGCGCACCUGAUCGGGAACCCCCAGGGCCUGCAUGAUCCCAGCCAGACUAUGUAGCCGGCCUCCGAGCUUGUUUCCCAUCCCUAAAACCUAAAUUGGAGUGUGCCGGUUUGACACCGAUCCAAACACGAAACCGCUAUGUAUACUUGAUGACUGGAGGCGGAAUGAUCACCAGCUCCUUGCAACCCAACCCCAUCAGCUCCAUUUGGUUCCGUGCGGCGGCGGCAGUAACGGCAACUCCAGCACCACUCAUAAAGCAACUCGAGCAGAACCCUAGCGUCCCUCACAGCUCCUCCUCCCCCCCUCCCCGCAUCCAUGCAAGGCCCGACCUGCACAAAUCUGCGCAUCAGAUCGCCCGCCGACGUGCGCAUCAUCUUCCAUGCCGUCCUGCUCGACAUUCUGCCCAUGGUCACCCGGAGACUCGACAGCGAGGAGCGAGGGCUUAUCGUUCCCGGGUCUGUUUACGUAUGGGAAGAGCGGGGCACGACUUCCGAGAUUACGGGCGUGAGUGCGAGACUAUCCGACGCGUCCUGCGCGUUUCUCACUCGCUUUACGUUAGGUGGGGAUCGAGCGGUGGACAGAUGGUGAGUCUCCCUGAUCGUCUUUUGGCCGACUCAGCUGGAGGCCUUGUCUAGGAAUACGAUGGGGGCCGUCGCGAGUACGGGAGGUGCGUGUGCUGUCUAAAUUGCGCAACUCCACCUCAUUCGCGAUUGAAGGGCUUUCUAUUCUAUCACGAGAAGCCUACGACACACUACGUUUUCCCUGGUGGCAUGUACCCCUCUCAUCGCCAGCACAACACCAGCAGCCUACUCUGCAAGCAGACGUUCACAGCAUUCGUCGAGACUCCCGGGGGCAGAGAAAAUGGCAUCUGAUCGCUUAUUUCACAGAAGAUUCGAUCGAACGUCUGCAUUGCAUAGACGACUAUCCGACCUUGGCGUGUAAGUCCCGCCCUCCCCUUGGUCCGGUUCUCGAGUUCAUUAUCGCUCUCAAGCGCUACACGUGCCGCACGGAAAAUACAAGAGCGCACGGUCUGUCAAGGGGCGGCCAGACCACAUAUUCAAUCCGGACGACUCGAGUCCAGAGACGACAGUCAGCACGCUCCACCUGCGAAUGUCGACGCCGAAAAUCCACAACUCUAAUCCCCCACCAAUACCAUCGCCCCGGUAUAUGCCGCGGUCGCUAACCUGGAACGGCACAGAUCCUUCCACUGAGCAGCUUAGGCGGCGAGGAUCUGACGCGGUCACUCCUCACAAAUCACAUUUCCGCCAUCUGAGUCUUCCUGAACCGGCGCCAGAUCCCGGGGUUCUCGCGCCGUUGGAGUAUCUGGAGAACAUGACACCUCCACGGCGACACCCGAUGGACGAGACGGCCCUGAAGCUGUUCAAGGCGGGUCCGUGACCUGACGUCAGCGGAGCACGGUGCGCCCGGGCGGCGGGCGAUGUACUUUUGACAGGCUCAUGUUUAGUUCUUGUCUGUAAAAUUCCCUCUUGACAACGCACGCAUGUAAUUAAA